AUUUAUCAUCUGGCAGAAAAGCAAUCCAGUGAAUAUAAUAAAGUGAUGCACUAUGGAGUCUUGAGCUGCAAGUAGCUGGGAAACUUGCAGCCUAAGGUUUUACUAAAUCAUAAAUGGUAGGGUUCUCAUUCUGAGAAAGUAUACUAGGCAUUGUUGGGGUUUGUGUUAUUACUACAAUCAAGCCCAUUCUCAAUUCUUAACUUUUACCAAUCAGAGAUGGCAUCUAUAGUUGGAGAAGCUGUAGCUGCAAAACUUUGUGAGAUGGUUGUUGAGAUGGCUGUUCAACAGUUAUCUAAACAGGUAAGCCUUUUCAUAAACUUCCAUGAGGACUUUGAAUGGUUGAAGACCAAACUUAGAUUUAUGAAGGGCUUUCUCAACGAUGCUGAGUACCAGUGCAGACAAAAGGAGAGUGUGAAGCAAUGGCUGCAAGAUGUUCGAGACAUUGCCCUGCGUGCAGAAGACAUAUUUGAGCUAUGUACUGUACAACCUCUUCACAGCAGCAGAUUUCUGUCUAUUUUAAUUGAUAGUGACUUCGUUUUUCGUUACAAAAUGGCACGAAAAAUCAGCAAGGUCAAAAAUAGAAUCAACUUCCUUACUGAGGAGGGAAGGAAAUUAAAGAUAAAUCAUGAUGUUUUGAGUGGGGAAGAAUCAUCAAGCAGCAGAUUUCAAUCAUCAGACCGGAAGAGAUCAAGUAAUGUGCCAAUAGAUUCACAUCCAGUGGGUAUAGAGACCAAGGUUGAGUACUUGGUAAGCUUGUUAGACAAGCCUGCAGUUUCUGUUAUUGCUGUUGUUGGAAUGGGUGGCGUAGGCAAGACAUAUCUUCUGCAAAAUUUUUACAAUUUCACCAAAGACAGGUUUGAGAAAUCUAUUUGGCUUUCAAUUUCUCAAUCUUUUUCUAUUUCUAAGUUGCAGCAUGACUUAGCCUCUCACUUAGAUAUAAAGGAUAAAAUUUAUAGAGUGUCUGAACAAAGAGCAGAGGAAUUGAUUAAUUUCCACUUGAAAGAAAAGAGGAUUCUCAUUGUUCUGGAUGAUGUGUGGAAGCCCAUAAAAAAGGAUAACUUGAUAGAAAGACUUGGUUUGACAAUUGGCCAUAACUGCAAACUUGUGAUUACAACAAGAAACAAAGAUGUUUGCAGAAAUGUGAUGGCAGAAAUUUAUGAGAUGGAAUGUUUGAGUGAAGAAGACAGUUGGAAACUGUUUUGUAUUUAUGGGUUUCCAGAGUAUGAGGGAAACAGAGCACCUGAGCACCUUGUGGAUGUAGCUCACAACAUUGUAAAGGAAUGUGGAAACCUGCCCUUGGCCAUCAAGACAACAGCAGCAUCUCUGGCAGGCUUCACACUUCAAAGGGAAUGGAACUCAAAAUUAAGUCAGCUUAAAGAGGUAUCUACUCUCAAUAAACCCAUGGAAGUCCUUAAAUUGAGCUAUGAUUGCUUGCCUGCACAUCUUAGGGCUUGUUUCGCUUAUCUCUCUUUCUUCCCUGAGGAUGAGAGAAUAGAGUGUGAAUACCUGGUAAAUCUGUGGAUAGGAGAAGGCUUCGUUCCAGACGGAGAAGACCAGUGGGAUAUUGGAUGGAGUUAUUUACAUGAGCUUGCCAACCUUUGUUUGGUUGAAUUAGUGGAAGAAUGGGAAUCUGGCUAUGGUAUUGAAGUCAAGAAAUAUUGCAUAGUUCAUGAUUUGUUUCAUGAUUUAGCCAUGUAUAUAUGUAAAGAAAAUAAAUGUGCUUUUGAUAUUAAGAAGGCCUUCCCGAAACCCCCUUCCAGGAAAAAUAGUACUGAAUGGUGUAGGGUUUUGUUGCCCAAGAAAAGUAUAAAUGACAAUGUCAUGGCACAAAUCCUUCCUGUAUCUUCUGCCAAACUUCUCCGGACUUUAUCAUUGUAUGACAAUCACAUAGUUAGCAUUCCCCCUAAAUUUUUAAUGAAUAUGAAAGUACUACGGGUUCUUGACUUGAGCAGGAAUCCCAUCACUACAUUGCCUGAUUGUGUUGGAGAUAUGAAGCUUCUCAAAGUAUUGAACAUGUCGGACACAUGGAUUGAGGAGGUACCAGGGUGUGUUAGAAGGUUGCAGAGUCUUCGCUUUCUAGAUGUUUCUUUUUGCUCUAGUUUAAGGCAGAUACCAGCGUGGAUAGGUGAACUGAAAUGUCUUCAACAGAUCAAUAUACUCCAUUGGAGUAUUAGUACUUUGCCAAAGGGAAUCUCAAAUCUCACAUCUCUGAGGACACUGAGAUCUCAGUGCUUAUGCCUCUCUGUCGAAAAUGAUGCAGAUUUGAAGUUAGAGAACGUUGGUAGUAUGAUCCAGCUGCAAGAAUUAAGGAUACAGAUUCAUAGAGAAUCACAAUUAGAGAGUAUAAAACAAGGGAUUUUGGGGCGGUUGGUAAAGAUGCGUCAUCUCACUGUUGAGAAUUGUGUUCCACUCUCUCGUCCCCUGUUUCCGGAGAAACUGGAGAUUAUGACAGAUCUUGAAAAACUACAGGUAGAAGAAUUUGCUGUAACAAGUCGUUUAUGUAGUUUUGUAAACCUUAGAGAACUCAGGUUACAGAGAUGUGAUUGGAGUAGUUAUCCAGAAUUCCAAAAUAUGCCAAACUUAGUGAGUUUGCGUUUGGAGUAUAACGGAAGUUGCAGAGAGAUAGCAGAGGCUUUUGGAAAGUCAGGCGGGUUUCCAAAACUUCGGUUCUUGCUGAUUAAAGAUUUCCCUGGACUGGAGGAGUUUCCUAAAUUGGAAGAUGGAGCAAUGCCACGCCUCGAGGUUUUUAAGCUACAGGAGUGUAACAGACUGAGAAAAGUUCCCGAGGGAUUGGAGGAAUUGAAAAUGCUCAAAGAGUUUAACCAUGAUUAUACAGGAACAGAUGGAUUACGGGACAGAUUAAGGGAAGGAGGGCAAGAUUGGCAAAAAGUUAAAACUCUUAAUCCGCAACUGAUCAUGAUCGGUCGGUACAGGCAUUAAUUUUUCCAAAUUUAAUAGCUCUAGAAUGUUUUGUGGGAUUCUUUUAUGGAUGAAUGUUAUAUGAUAUUGUUUUGUUUUGUUUAAAUAAGUCUAUCAUUAAUAACAAAGAGUUCUAAAUUUGUAUGUA